CGUUAGUGCAAGAUGAUUAAUAGCUGCAUGAAAGCCAGUGCUCGUGCAUAGUGGCUUAUAGCUCACUAGCAGCUGCUUAACUGCAGAUUGCCACGCGACCACCGCUGCGCCUCGGAAGAACAAACAAAGCCUCCCCGUCUUUCCCGUGCUGCUUUUUAACUCCGUUCAUCCCGCAACCAAAAAUCUACCGAUUUUCCCUCUCCAUUUCCACCCCUCUUUUCUUUCAAGCAUACACCUAAAAUCGCAAACGGAAACGGCUAGUAACCUUGGGCAUCUGUCUCGGCCAUAUCCACCAGACUAUACUCAAAUACCUGAAGAUCGACCGCCAAUUUCGAUCCUUCCCCGCACCCAGCGAACGAACGAACGACUCGGGUCUUAAAUCUAGAGAGCGAUCAAGAACCCGUCACCUUCUAAACCGUCUACUGUUGUGCGCCCAACUUUUCAACCCACAACAUCACCUUUGCGUCGCACACACAGCCACUAGAGAUCUCAGACACAAUGUCCGGCAAGCAAGAUCCGCCUCCAUACAACCAGCCUCAGCCUCCCCAGGCUGCCUACACCGGCUACGGCACUCCCCCGCCCCAGGGUGGUGCCUAUCCCUACGGCCAGCCCCCGCCACAGCAAGGCGGUUACUAUCCUCCUCAGGAUCCCAACUACCCGCCUCAAGGUCAAUAUCCGCCGCAAGGCCAAUACCCGCCGCAAGGUCAAUACGGGCAACAGCCAGGCCCAUACCAGCAGGCACCGCAGAUGGGCUACUACCAGCAACAGCAACCACCACCGGGAGCGUAUUACCAGCAGGGACCCCCGCCUCAAGGGUAUUACCAGCAGCAGCCGGUAGAACAGAAGAGCGGUUCUGAUAACGUCUGCUUGGCAAUUCUGGGUACUUGCGCCGUCUGCUGCUGCUUGGAUGCCAUCUUCUAAACACGGUCCUACUUGAAACACAAUCCGCAACCGCUUAUUACCGUAACGGGAUCAUGUCAGAAACGAAUAAUAACAGAAUAAUAGCAUCAAAUUGAUGCGGGAAAGGGAUGAACGUGGGGGUUAUGUUUGCUGCCUUGACUGGGGACAGUAAAACCGUCCGUUUGCCGCUGUUGGAGAGGCGGUGGUCGAAAUCAA